AUGAAUCACUUCAAGCUCAUCUGGAUCAUUUUGUUAAGUUUAUUUAAACCCAUUUACGGAAAAGGAUGGCUUGAUUUUUCGCUCAAUCGCCUCUCAUGGAAAGUACAAAAGGAAAAUGGCUCAUCACUGAUUGGCACUCUCUGUGUUGGGCUACGUCGUGUAGGGAUGACGGAUCGAAGUAAAGACUGCUCACUCGCACAUCAUCAAUUCGAGAUUGAGAGUCAAAUCUUCUCUGAAACGAAAGCACACAAAGCAAAGAUCCCAUUUACCGUUCGUUGGCCGGCACAGAAAACGAUCUACGUGACAUUCACCGCGAAUACACCAAAUGAUCUUGAGGGAAUCGUCCUUUUCGAGCAACGCAGACUCUUCCAAUUCAACCCGAAAAGUUUCGAGUUCAAAUUGAAAGAGCAAGUCGCCCAAAACUCAAUCGAUUUCUCUCUACGCGUUCGCUGUGCUGAUCAUUUCUUCGGUGACGGAUGCGAUCUUUUUUGCGAGACGUCAAAAAGUUUCGAUUCUACUGGAAAAUUCAACUAUUCCUGUGGGCCAGAGGGUGAGCGAUUGUGUUCGGCAGGAUGGUCGGGUUUUUUGUGUGAUACGCCAAUGUGCAAUGAGAACUGUUUACACGGUGAAUGCAUUGGUCCAAAUAAAUGUUCGUGUUUUGAUGGAUGGAUGGGGGAAAAGUGUGAGAGAUGUGUUCGGAAAAAUGGCUGCAAAAUGGGCUUCUGCAAUUUGCCUGGCGAGUGUCGAUGUGAAAAUGGAUGGAUUGGGGAUUUGUGCGAGAGGGAACAAUCUAUUUGCGAGACAAAAAAUCCCUGUAUUCAUGGAAGCUGUCAUUCAACGAAAAAUGCCCAUCUUUGCAACUGUACUCAAGGAUUCACUGGUCAAAAUUGUGAUCAAAAGAUCGAAAUCUCGACGAUUUCAAUCGUUCCAAGCAUUCCAAGCAUCCCAAUCGUUCCAAUGUGCACCCCGAAACUAUGCAAAAACGGACGCUGCAUUCAGCACUUUGAUGGGCAAAAGUAUGGCCUCAAAUGUGAAUGCUUAAGCGGAUUUCAUGGAGAGAAAUGCGAGCAAAGCAAUGACGACUUUCAUAAGGCCAAUCAAUCAUCAAUCUUCGAUUCUCAGCUCUCGAACUUUUGGACAAGCUCGCAUUUAACUUUUAUCUUUUUAACAUCAUCAUUCACUUUGGUAAACCUAUGUGGAUGUGUCUGCUGUUGGAGAUUUAUGAAGAAAAUCUCGAAAGGAAAAGCGAACAUUGAGAUGGAUUGUUUUGCGGUCACGACUCACGAUAAAGUUGUCUUGCGUCCAUCCGUGCAAUUCUUCGUCGACGAGCCCUUUCUUCAGCCAAACCCACUAUCAUCAACGCAAUUCCACCGUUUCUCACUCGAUUACCCUCCUUUAAUCGUCACCAGUGCCCCAAUUCCACCACCACGUCCACACGCUCCCCGUUACACCAAUCAGCAACAAUUGAUAGAUAAAAAUGGAUGGAUUUCAAAGGAAAUCAAUGACAGAAGUCCGCCAUGUUACAAUGAACAUUUUGCGUUGGAGAAUGCGAUGAAUGAAUGUCAAGAAAAGAAGAAAACGAUGGUUUUUCUCGGUGAUCCACCAGGUGUCACCGAGGAUGAAGUC